AUGCGUCGGUGUUCCGGGUCUGGGGCUCUUGUGCCUUUGUCUGCGAUACCUUCUCGGACAAACUCUCCUCUCGCGCCAUUCCCUCCUGUCGAGAUCACUAGUGACUCUGGUGCUGCUGGGGGUGGUGCUGCUCGGGGUGCUGCGUCUAGGGGUGCUGAGCCUGGGGGUGCGGAGCCUUGGGGUGCUGAGCUUGAGUGUGCGGAGCCUAGGGGUGCUGAGCCUAGGGGUGCUGCGUCUGGGGGUGCUGAGCCUAGGGGUGCUGAGUCUGGGGGUGCUGAGCCUGCGAGUGCGGAGCCUGAGGGUGCUGAGCCUGGGGGUGCUGAGCCUGGUGGUAUUGAGUCUGGGGGUACUGUGCAUGGUGGUGCUGCGUCUGCUGGAGGUCCUCCGGUGGCGCUGCUGGAGCUGGAGGCCCUGGAGCUGGAGGCGCUGGAGCCGGAGGCACUGGAGCUGGAGGCGCUAGAGCUGGAGGCGCUGGAGCUGGAGGCACAGGAGCUGGAGGCACUGGAGCUGGAGGCGCUGGAUUUGGAGGCACUGGAGCUGGAGGUGCUGGAGCUGGAGGCGCUGGAGCUGGAGGCACUGGAGCUGGAGGUGCUGGAGCUGGAGGCGCUGGAGCUCGGGUUGCUGGAGCUGGAGGCGCUGGAGCUGGAGUUGCUGGCGCUGGAGGCCCUGGAGCUGGAGGUUCUUAGUCUUCCUUCGUCCACUGCCCUUCCUCCGGACUCACCGCUGCCUGCCCCACCUCGUUACACUGAACUGUCAGCCUCCCUUACAGAGCGUCGUGAGCCUGCGUCUCGUCCUGCCUCGCCUCUUUGCGCUGUUCGCACUGGUCGUCGUGUUCCUCGUGAGCGUCCGCCUCCUGUCCCUGGCACGCACACUAUGGCACUUCGUCCUUCCUCUAUUCCAAAGCGCGUUCCCCUGCCGUCUCCUCCUGCGUCUUCUCUGCCUGACGUUCCAGACCCUGAGUCUGACCUGGUUCGUGCUGCUCACCCUACUAUCACGCGUCUGCUCGCCACUGUUGUCACUGACCCGUCGCAGGAGGACUUUGAGUGUCUUGCGGCUGCUGUACCCCAUCUCGUGGCCAUGCUGCUUGCCCCUGAGGGAGACCCGGAUGCACCAGACAUCCCGAACCCGCGCUCUUACGCAGAGGCGAUUACGGGUCCCUACUCCUCUCAGUGGCAGACAGCCAUGGACGCAGAGAUGGCAUCCUGGAAGUCCACAGGCACUUACGUCGAUGAGGUUCCCCCUCCUGGGGCAAACAUAACCUUCUCCCCUACCCCGAAGAUGACCACUCUUUGGGUGCUACUGCACGUUGCCGCUGUGCGUGAAUACGAGCUUCACUCUCUUGACUUCAGCACAACUUUCUUGCAGGGCAGCCUGCACGAGGAGAUCUGGCUGCGCCGCCCACCUGGCUUCACUGGGUCGUUUCCUGCAGGUACCCAGUGGAGCCUCCGACGGCCAGUCUACGGUCUCCGCCAGGCGCCUCGUGAGUGGCACGACACACUGAGGGCGACACUUGCGGCUCUUGGGUUUGCUCCUUCGACUGCUGACCCGUCGCUGUUUCUGCGCACCGACACUUCGCUGCCACCGUUCUACAUCCUCGUGUACGUUGACGACUUGGUUUUUGCCACUGCUGACACUGAGGCACUGGCCCUUGUGAAGUCGGAGCUGUAG